GAGAUGUGUCACCAGUAUUGGCCAGCAUCAGGCAGUGCUCAGUAUGGUCAGUACACUGUUCAGUUGUCGAAAGAGACAAAUCUGGGAGAGGUUCACAGUCAAAGGUCAUAACCCAGUUCCACUACACAGCAUGGCCGGAGAACAGUAAUUCCAAAGCAGUAGAGCAACUCUAUUGACAUGCAGGAUCAGUUGCAAAAAUGGCAGCAAGGGACUGGCAACAAAACCAUAAUCGUUCAUUGCAACAAUGGUGUUGGUCGCAGCGGAACGUUCUGUGGCAUUCUGUCGCUUGUUGAGCUCUUGAAGGUAGAGGGCGUGGUCGAUGUGUUUCUGAAAGUUAGAUCGAUGCCCAUAACAUCCAAAUUUGUUCAGACUUUGACACAGUAUCGAUUUAUGUAUGACGCUUUGCUGGUCUACCUUGACAACUUUGACACGUAUGCCAACUUCAAGUAACUCUUCAGUUCUUGUAGGCAAUGAUUAGCCUUAGAACUCUUUUGCUAACCUAAUCGUUUAGUCAUGCUGCAUGGUGUGCAGACGUUUAUAUUUUAGUAGGUUUUGCUUUUUAGGUCUAGUUGUUUUGUAGUUAAGAAUCAUAUGCGUGUGGUA